AGUACAGGAUAUGCAGCUGCGGAGCUGUGCCGUCCACCUUCCAGCAGGGGGCGAUGAGCGCCAUCCUGACUUCCAGCAGAGCGGGGAGGAAGAAACCGCUCUGACAGAGCAGAUCAGAUCACUGAGCAGACAGGUAGUUGGUGUUGUCUACCCUAAUCAGAACAAACCAUGAAGAACGAAGGGAUAGAGGGGACGGAGAGGUUCCUGAGCCCGGACAAAGGCAACGGCCUGCGGGCGGUGCGGCACUUCGCAGUGGGGGAGCUGGUAUUCGCCUGCCCUGCCUACUCCCACGUGUUGACAGUGAAUGAGAGGGGAGCGCACUGUGAGCACUGCUUCACCAGAAGAGAUGAUCUUUUUAAGUGUGGCAAGUGUAAGCAGGCCUACUAUUGCAACAUUGGUUGUCAGAGAGGUGACUGGCCCAUGCAUAAGCUGGAGUGUGUAGCCAUGUGUGCCUAUGGGGAAAACUGGUGUCCAUCAGAAACUGUCAGACUGGUGGCCAGGAUUAUCAUGAAACAGAGAGUCACAACAGAGCGCACCCCUUCAGAAAGGCUGCUACUGCUCCAGGAGUUUGAAUCCCAUUUAAAUAGGAUGGACAGUGAGAAGGAGGAGAUGAACCAGGCAGACAUAGCAGCACUGCAUCACUUCUACUCCAGACACAUCAGUGACCUCCCCGACGAUCAGGCUCUUACUGAACUCUUUGCACAGGUGAACUGUAAUGGUUUUACCAUAGAGGAUGAGGAACUCUCCCAUCUGGGAUCAGCUGUUUUUCCUGAUGUAGCACUGAUGAAUCACAGCUGUAGUCCUAAUGUCAUAGUGACCUAUAAAGGCACAGUGGCUGAGGUUAGAGCUGUUAAAGAGAUAAACCCUGGGGAGGAGAUCUUUAACAGUUACAUAGACCUGCUCUAUCCAACAGAGGACAGGAAGGAAAGGUUGUUGGAUUCCUACUUCUUCACAUGUCAGUGCACUGAGUGCACCACCAAGUCUAAGGACAAAGCAAAAAUGGAAAUCAGGAAGUUGAGUUCUCCACCAGAACCAGAGGAAAUCCGAUCCAUGGUGCGUUACGCAAGGAAUGUCAUCGAGGAGUUCAGGAGAGCCAAACACUACAAGACUCCCAGUGAGCUGCUGGAGAUGUGUGAACUAAGCCUGGAGAAGAUGGGCGCUAUAUUUGCCGAGACCAAUGUCUACAUGCUGCACAUGAUGUAUCAGGCCAUGGGUGUCUGUCUCUACAUGCAGGACUGGGAUGGAGCUAUGAGCUAUGGAGAGAAGAUCAUUCAGCCUUAUAGUGUACACUACCCAGCCUACUCUCUGAAUGUGGCAUCUAUGUAUCUGAAGCUGGGACGUCUUUAUUUGGGGCUGGAGAAGAAGACACAAGGAGUAAAAGCUCUGAACAAGGCAUUAACCAUCAUGGAGGUGGCUCAUGGUAAAGACCACCAUUAUGUAGCAGAAGUCAAACGAGAAAUUGAGGAGCAGAAGUAAAGCAGAGGCACUCGAGUGAGGAGCUUCUCUAAAGACAACAAAAAUACACAGAACACAACUGCAUGGCAUGCAUCAUAUACCUCUUUUUAAAAACUUUUUCAUUGCUGACUGUUUAUUUUCCUGCCUCUAUUUAGGCCAAGUUACUUUUUCCUCCCCACAUCUGUGUCGUCAUAUUCUGACUGAGGAUUAUCACAUUUUUUAUUUGUAUCUACUUCCUGUCAGACCUGGAUUUAGAAGCAGAGAAAUUAGGAUUUUUGGAAUGAAAAAAUUUUCCAAAAUACUUACAGCUCUAACUUUGAACUUUAUCUGUAAAUGUUGUUUCUGUGUGUUGAUGCUCAUUAAACCCAUUUAACACCCAUAUUAUAAAUCAAAAAAAGGAUCAGCGGAGGGGAAAAAAACUUUUAACAUUGCCUUUAAAGCUGCCUUUUGGAUGAAACUAAGCUUUCAUGUGAGAGCUGUGUACGCUCAAGUGAUUUUUGCCCAUUUUUUUCUUUGUGACUCUGAAAUCAUUCACUGUCUUCUGUGGACCCAUUAAACAGACCACGUUGCAGCAGUUUUGGCUGCACAGCUUUUCUCCUGGCAGUUGCUCCUUAUGAUUUGAAAUUCUGUACAAAAUGUUGAGUUGAUGCUACAGAGGGCACUGCUGUUUAUUCACAAUCGGUGCAUUUUAUUCUACCAGAUGUUCAGCAACAGAUUUUAUGGCUACAUUGAUUUUUGUGUAAACUGUGAAGAAAAACGUUUACUGACCAUGCAUCAGGUACUCUGUAGCAACCGUGAAGAGAACACAAAGAACUAUUCGUGAGCGAGUAAUCAGUGGUUUGAUCGGCUUGUCUUACACUGUUUUUAAAGAAUCAGCAAAGGGUCG